AUGAAGGAGGUUUUUCCUUUUGUUUUAGCUUUUUUCGGUUGUGUUUACUGUCAAGGGUCAGAAUCAAAUAUUCCCUUCAACCCUAAUUACCAACAGACUUAUCAAUCUGAUAGUCAGAAUACAACAGCAUAUCGGCCAAAUCAAAUUCCCUAUGGAAGUUUCCCAGUGAACGGGAACGAUUACUCUAACCAACAACAUACAGCACAGAGCUCAUUUUAUCAAGACAACCUAAACUCAGAUGUUUACGGUGAUGGAGAUGGUGAAGACCCUCAGAAUACAGCAACGUAUUACGCCGGCUUGGAUUACGAGGAGCGUUAUAGGUGCCCUCCUAAUUGGAUUCGUUAUAGAGAAUCAUGCUACCGUUUCACGAAAUCCCCAGACCGGCCCCGAAAUGAAGCUAGAAAAAUUUGUCAAGCUUACGAAGCAGAUCUUGCAUCCGUCAACAGCCCAGAAGAACAUGGUUUUAUAAUAACUAAUUUAAUGCGUCUAGAUCCACAGAAAGGGUCUUGGUACAUUGGCGCUCAUCAGCAAUCUCCAGGUUACUGGUCGAAUGAUGCGGAUGGGUCACAACUGUCCGGUUUGGAAAAUGCUUUCUUUGAUGAUAGAAAACUGACAUAUACCAGUUACAAUUUACUCCCACGUGAUUACCUAGUGUAUAGAUUCUCACAUGAAGAUGGCCGUUGGGGUCUCGCUGCUGUUGAAGGAACACAAUACUUUCAUUUCAUAUGUGAAGGACAGACACAGAGAUUGCACUAUCUAAUUGAAGAACAGAGGUCAUUUACAUAUGGCUUGGAUACAUUUGAUCCAGAAAGGAUUCCUAGAGGUCCCUACUUUAUCAAAGAACCAAUAGAUACUAUUUAUGAUCCUCUAAGAAAUAAACAUGUCCAGUUAACAUGUGUAGCUGGUGGUUAUCCAGCACCUACAUAUAAAUGGUUUCGAGAAGAUUAUCAAGUAGACAGUACAAUAUUCACUGAAAUUGAUCCUCUGUCUGAUACUAGAUUUAUACUAAGCGGAGGUUCCCUCAUGAUAUACAAUCCCGAUGCAGAUAAGGAUAAUGCUAAGUAUCACUGCACGGCUACAAACAAAUAUGGUACAGUAAGGUCAGAGUCGGUAAGGUUAUCUUUUGGAUUUAUAAGAGAAUUCAAUCAGAAACGGCCUGUUGAGAGUGGUAAGCAGUACUGGGGAAUGGUUAUGUAUUGUGAUCCACCCUCUUACUAUCCUUCGGUUAACUUUUUAUGGGCUCGUAACUAUUUCCCUAACCUUGUUGAGGAAGAUAAACGUGUCUUCGUUUCAUAUGAUGGAGGUCUAUACUUCUCUGCGUUAGAGACAAUUGAUAGAGGAAACUACAGUUGUAAUGUUAUGAGCAAAGUUUCAGAUGCAGGAAGGAAUGGACCAUUCUUUCCACUUCUUGUUUAUCCACAUUCAGACUACCAGCAGUUGAAGUUCCCAAACAAUUUCCCAAAACUCUUCCCAGAGGCUCCGAUAGUUGGACAGGAAGUCAGGUUUGAAUGUAUUUCAUUUGGAUAUCCAGUACCCUCUUACAAUUGGACAAGGAAAAAUGGGGAUAUUCCUAAGAAAGCAUACUUAAGUAACUUUAACCGAGUCUUAACCAUCCCCAGUGUAGGGGUUGAAGAUGAAGGCGAGUAUAUAUGUGAUGUUCGUAAUGAUAGGGCUCAUAUAUCAAAUAAUGUGUAUCUGAAAGUGCAAGCUGAGCCUAACUUCACCAUCCCCUUGACUGAUAAACAUGUGGAUAAUAAGGGAAAUCUACAUUGGAAUUGUGAGGCUUUUGGUAUCCCUGAUGUAAAUUACACAUGGUGGAAGAAUAGUCAGAAACUUUCUAUGGAAACUUUAGAGACUGAAGACAGAGACAGGUAUAUCAUACAAGAUAAUGUAUUGAUAAUAAAAUACUUAGAUCCAACCAGAGAUCCGGGUAUGUACCAGUGUGAGGCAAGGAACCAGUUAAGAACGAGGUAUUCAACGGGGCAGCUACGAGUGCUGUCAUUGAAACCAUCAUUUAAGAAGCAUCCGUUGGAGUCAGAAACAUAUGGAUCAGAAGGAGGGAAUGUGACUCUCAGGUGUAACCCUGAAGCUGCGCCAAAGCCUACAUUCACUUGGAAGAAAGAUAACAUUGUUAUAGGUGCCGGAGGGAAAAGGUUUAUAACAGAGAAUGGAAAUCUUAUUAUAAGACAACUAUCUAGAGAUGAUGAAGGGGUUUACACUUGUGUUGCCAAGAAUCAGUAUGGCACUGAUGAGAGUCGGGGACGUCUUAUUGUUCUUAGAGCACCUCGUUUCAUUGAACGGUUACCUCCUAGAAUAACAACUCAGGUCGGACAAGUUAUUUUUCUACAUUGUAAUGCUGAAAUUGAUUCUAUGCUCGACACAGCUUACUUGUGGAACCAUAAUGGUAUCAGGAUGAAGGAAGCUGCUGAUCUGUACGCAGAUAAACGAAUUAAAAUCGACGGUGGUGAACUAACGAUAUUCGACGUGAGUUUGUCGGAUGUAGGAGAAUACGAGUGUAUUGUUAAAUCAGCGAUAGGUCGUAUUUCGACUCGUACACAAUUACGCAUAGAAGGUCCGCCUGGUCCCCCUGGCGGUGUACAGGUGUCAAAUAUUCAACAGUCUUCUGUUACACUGGAAUGGACCGACAGCAAUCCUAAUGGACGUCCUAUAACUAAUUACGUAGUCACGGGACGUACGCAGUGGAAUUCAACUUGGUAUGUGUUGAGCGAGAGUGUGACAAAUGUAUUUGAAAUAGACCGAUACAAUGGACGUAAACGAGCCACCGUAACAACAACCUUGAUGCCUUGGUCUGUGUAUGAGUUCAGGGUCCAAGCGGUCAAUAGUUUAGGUAUAGGGGAGCCGUCUUCUCCUAGUCCUCAAUUCUCCACACAAGCCGAUAAACCCUAUCACAGUCCUUUCAAUAUUGGAGGUGGUGGUGGAAAAAUUGGAGAUCUUACUAUCAAGUGGACACCGCUACCAAGAUCCCUGCAAAACGGUCCGGGCAUUUAUUACAAGAUAUUUUGGCGUCGGAAUAACACAGAAGUCGAAUUUCAGUCACUUUCACUUAAAGAAUAUGGAAACAUAGGAAUGCACGUUGUACAUAUACCCCUGGACUACUUCUUCACUCCUUACAAUAUAAAAGUGCAGGCAUUCAAUAACAUCGGCGCUGGUCCCGAGAGUGAGGUAGUCACUAUAUAUUCUGCUGAAGAUAUGCCUCAAGUCGCCCCUCAGCAAGUGUAUUCAAGAUCAUUCAACUCUACUUCUCUUAAUGUAACGUGGAACCCUAUCGACCAGUCACGUGACAGACUGCGAGGAAAAUUAAUCGGUCAUCGUCUUAAGUACUGGAAACAAGCUAACAAGGAAGAGGAAUGUAUCUACUAUUUAUCAAGAACAACACGCAAUUGGGCUCUGAUUGUGGGGCUCCAGCCAGACACAUACUAUUACGUCAAAGUAAUGGCGUUUAAUUCAGCUGGCGAAGGUCCGGAAAGCGAGCGAUACUUGGAGCGUACAUAUAGGAAGGCUCCUCAGAAGCCCCCUGCUUCUGUGAAUGUGUGGGCCGUCAACCCCAGCACCGUGCGAGUUGUGUGGCGAUAUGUACAACCCACUGACGAAGAGGAACCUCUCAUAGGCUAUAAGGUGCGAGUGUGGGAGAUUGAUCAAGAUAUGAGCACAGCUAAUGACACUCUAGUGCCAGUGGAACAUAAAUUAGAAGCAUAUGUCAAUAGUUUGACUCCGGGCAAGUCUUACAACUUGAGAGUCUUGGCUUACUCCAACGGUGGGGACGGCAGGAUGUCCUCUCCUCCGAUCACAUUCCAGAUGGGCGACUACCACAGUGAUGCUUAUGGAUAUUAUGUUAGAAGUGCAGCUGCUAAACUAAAUAUCUCUCAUAUAUACUCUGUAGAAAUGAUUCUAUUUUAUAUAUUUUUCUUAACUUGUUACAAUCUGUAG